AUGUCAGGCUUCAAAGCUCCACAUCCACAGGCUGAGGGGGACCCGAACUGGGUCAACGAGCUGAACUCAUACUUUAAUAGGUUUGACCAAGCACCCACUCACACCUCCCAGCAGCUGCCUCCAAACCUUUUGUCACCUCAUACCACAGGAUUACCAGCCCCCACAGCCCUUCACACCUUUACACAAAGCCCUCUACCCUCAGCCCUGACGACUGGCGACUCAUACCAACAACACCCCCUCACUUCACACCACACUGAGACACUCCCUCAACCCCUAUCCUUCUCCAGCACCCAGGUGAGAAGUGAGCUCAGGAAGAUCAAGGCCAGGAAAGCAGCUGGACCAGACGGCAUCAGCUCCAGACUCCUCAAGUCCUGCGCAGGCGAAUUGUGUGGAGUUAUGGAGCAUGUCCUCAACCUGAGCCUCAAGCUGAGGGUGGUACCACAGCUCUGGAAGACCUCCUGCGUGGUACCAGUGCCCAAGACACCGCACGCCAAAGACCCCAGCAGCUUCAGACCAGUGGCUCUGACAUCACCCCUGAUGAAGACACCGGAGAGACUGGUCCUGGGUCACCUCCGCUCUGCGGUGGGAACCUACCUGGACCCGCUGCAGUUCGCCUACCGACACGGCAUAGGAGCAGACGACGCCGUCAUCUUCCUCCUACAUCGAGCUCUUUCUCACCUAGAGAAGCCCGGCAGCACUGUGAGGAUCAUGUUCUUUGACUUCUCCAGUGCCUUCAACACCAUCCAGCCGGUGCCUUGCAUUCUGCAAGGAGGAGGAGAUCCCCACUGCUCCCAGCUGCUUCUCAGCCAAUAUGAGAUCCAGUUUGGGCAGUACCGGGGACAGACCUUCAAGUGGCUCCUGAGUCACGACGUGGGCUACGCUGUGGCCCUGCUGGCCUCACACCAGAAGGAGCGGGAGAGUGGUGACACAUCCAGCUCACCACUUAUGGCCAACAAGGAUGCCCUCACCACCUACAGCAAGCUGUUCCCAGAGGUGAUGUCAGCCGUGGAGGGACGCCGUGUCACGGAGGGUUCCACGUCUGUCCGGAGCCAAGACAAGAAGUUGGUGAGGUUCGGCCCCCACGGAGCCAUGACCUACGCCUCCAUGAACGAGGCCACGGGGAAAUAGGGUGUGACCUACGUGCAGUGGCUGAGGAAGAAGAAGUGCAUCCCAGGCAGCAACCUGCAUGCUUUAAAGACCUACAUACUGGGCCGGGACCAGGAGAAGAACCAGCAUCCCUUCCAGCAGCCCCAGUGCCCACCAUCUGAC